AUGAAGUUCGGGAAGAGCAUCUGUGUGCUGAAUGUAGGGGGGACCCGGUACGCCUUCACCCGUGAGGUGAUCAGGGAUUUCCCACUCCGGCGCGUCAGCCGCUUGCAUGCCUGCGCGACCGAGAAAGAGGUCCUGGAGCUGUGCGACGACUACGACCGGGACAGGAACGAGUUCUUCUUUGACCGCCACGCGCAAGCGUUCGUGUUCAUCAUGCUGUACGUGCGCUCCGGCAAACUCCGGUUCGUCCCCGGGGUCUGCGAGCUGUCCUUCUACACCGAGAUGCUGUACUGGGGGCUGGAGAGCGCGCACUUGGACUCCUGCUGCCAGAAGCGCUUGGACGACAGGAUGUCCGACAUCGGGAUGGACAGUCUGUCGGAGGAGGACAUCAUGCUGUCCGGGGAUGAGUGCCAGACUCCGGAGGAGACGGUGCCACGGUCUGUGCUCACCGGCCGCGCCAAAUGGCUGGAGAGGAUGCGCAAAACGUUCGAGGAGCCAAAUUCUUCCCUGGCGGCGCAGCUUCUGGCUUCGGUGUCCGUCAUUUUUGUGAUCGUUUCUAUGAUCAUGCUGUGUGCCAGCACGCUGCCGGACUGGGACACAGCUAAGAGGAAUACCGUGGAGGAGCACAGGAUAGUGGAGGCCGUGUGCAUCGGCUGGUUCACAGCUGAGUGCAUAGUGCGCUUUCUGCUGGCCAGAGACAAAUGCAACUUCAUCCGCCAUCCGCUGAACAUCAUCGACGCGAUCGCCAUUACCCCCUACUAUGUCACCAUGGCGAUGGCCGGAGCCGGGAUGCCGGGUGCUGGGCUCGGGGUCGCUGGAGUGAUGCUGCGCAUACUGAGGAUGAUGAGAGUGUUCUGGCUCAUGAAGCUGGCCAGACACUUCCUGGGCCUGCAGACUCUGGGGCUGACGCUGCGGCGCUGCUACAGGGAGAUGGUCAUGCUCAUGGUGUUUAUUUUCGUGGCCAUGGCGAUAUACAGCGCUCUGGCACAGCUGCUGGAGCACGGCUUGGUCUUGGACUCGCCGAACCAGGACUACGCCAGCAUCCCGGCCGCCGCCUGGUGGGUCAUCAUCUCCAUGACGACGGUCGGGUACGGGGACGUGUAUCCGGUGACGGUCGGGGGACGUGUUCUCGGGGGGAUGUGCGUGGUGAGCGGGAUUGUCCUCCUGGCUCUGCCCAUCACGUUCAUCUACCACAGCUUUGUUCAGUGCUACCACGAGCUGAAGCUGCGCUCCGCCAGAUACGCACGAAACGUGUCCGCAGAGGUGCUGCAAUGAACUGGGAUGAGCGGCAAAUCAGACGGAAACGCAUCAAACCAGGAGGUCUCAUUGUGAAGCAACCGACUGUGUGAGCUACCCUGCCCCUGGCUUUGGCGGCAUGCUUCGCAUAGUGCCUGCUCGAGUAGAACCGAUGAUCCCCGACCAUUGUCUUUAACCAGCAAGCGUUGUGACUUAAAGGGAUUGCGGGGAUUACUUUGAAGAAGCGGCAGUGAUCAGUAACCUGCAGCAGACAGCAUAGAAGUUUGUAAGACACCCUUUUGAGUAAACCCUCAAGUCUCUAAUGACUGGAGGUAAGAUUCUCACUUUGGGUACAUAUCAUCUUCAGUGUCGUGAAAAAGUAUUUCCAACCCUAGAGGAUUUCAACUAUGUUUGCUUUUGUCCCUCAUUUAAAUGUUUCAGGUCAUUAAAAAAAUUCACAAAAUAGAGUUAAAAUUAUUUAGUAUGGGGGGAAAAGCUAUCCAAACCUACCUGUGACAAAGUAAUCACCCUUUAAAUCAGGGGUGUCAAACUCAUUUUGGUUGAGGGGCUGCAUACAGCUUAAUCUGAUCUCAAGAGGGCCGC